GCAGACGAAGCAUAAGAUUCAUCAAGCACGUUAGACAACCCGUGGCACAUUUCCUGUUUUCCUCCGUCUGCUCUGCAGGUCACAGACACACAGAACCCAACCUAUCCAGGGCUCAGCAGGGACAGGGCUGCUGGCCACUCAACAAAGGCUGCAUUCCUCCCAGGGCUACGGGAAGGCCCAAGCACAGGCCGGGGUUGUUUGGUUUUGAGGUGUGCUGGGGAUGAAAGUCACCCUGGAAAUGGAAGGCUCGGUCAUUCAUUCAUUAAUUAUAAUUGAAAGUUUGUUCUUAAGAACGUUUCCUUUGAAAUUACUUUCUAUCAGACAGCGACGGCCACAAAGGCCUCAGAUACUCAGAACAUUCCCAAUUCCUCAGCACGAGCAUUUUUAUUCCAGGAUCAGAGAUUCUGUUCUGAUCUGGCUCUUCCCUUGUGACUGUCUCCCACCCUCACUUUAGAGCUGGGGUUUGUUUAUUUGGGGUGUGUGUAUGUGUGUCUGUGUGUUUCAUGUCUCCUUUUUAAAAGGAAAUGUAUACUGCACCAAAUAACCUUUUUGUAGACUUUAAUCUGUCCCUUUUCAGAUAAAUGAACAAUGGAAAAACUCCGCGGAAAGAUUAGAAAGACACCUGAGACUAACACCCACCUAACGCUGUGGGCCACACCUCGGGGUUACAAAUGGAAGGGAGAAGCAAACUGAUACAUUGAUGUGGCUCUAAACAACAACAACGUUUGUGAAGGCCCAGGGGCGCUCGGGAUUGACCAAGAGGAAACACAUGUUGCACAACGAUACAAUCUUGUUGGUACAGUUGUCAGAGAAGGGAACUCCCACAGCGAAGGGCAUAAAACCAUCCGGGGCAGUCUGGGGCAGCUCAGUUCUGCGGCGCCAAGGAGCAGAGCAGAGCCCAGCCCUGCCCCAAACACAGAUGGGACCAUGAACUCCAGCCACAGCUUCAGCCAGAACCCCUCAGCCUCCCUCCAUGGCACCAGAGGCAGCUGGGGCUGGCCGGGGAGCUUCCCUCGGGCUCCCAGUGUCCACAGAGGAGCGGGCGGUGUCCGCAUCUCCCUCUCCUUCACCUCGCCAGGCUGCCCACCCCCUGGAGGGUCUUGGGGGUCUGGAAGAAGCAGUUCCCUCCUAGGUGGAAAUGGGAAGGAGACGAUGCAGAACCUCAAUAACCGCCUGGCCUCCUACCUGGACAAGGUGCGUGCCCUGGAGGAGGCCAACGUGAAGCUUGAAAGUCAUAUCCUGAAGUGGCAUCAGCAGAGAGAUGCCAGUGGUAAGCAAGAUUACUCCCAAUAUGAGGAAAACAUCAGCCGCCUGCAGGAGCAGAUAGUGGGCGGUCAGCUGAACAAUGCUCAGAUCAUUCUCCUCAUCGACAACGCCAGGACGGCAGUGGACGCCUUCAGCCUCAAGUAUGAAAAUGAACACUCUUUCAAGAAAGACUUGGAAACUGAAGUUGAGGGUCUCCGAAAGACCUUGGAUGAUCUGACCAUUGUCAUAACAGACCUGGAACAGGAGGUUGAGGGAAUGAGGAAAGAGCUCAUCCUCAUGAAGAAGCGCCAUGAGCAGGAAAUAGAGGAACAUCAUGUGCCAAACGACUUCAAGGUCAAUGUGAAGGUGGAUACAACCCCAGGGGAAGAUCUGAUUAAGGUCUUGGAGGAUAUGAGGCAGGAAUAUGAGUCUAUAAUAAAGAAGAAGCAUCAAGAUUUGGACACCUGGUAUAAAGAGCAGUCAGCGGCAACGGCCCAGGAGGUGGCCAGUCCAACAGUUGUACAGAGCAGCCAAAGUGACACCCAUGAACUGAAGCGUACUUUCCAGGCCCUGGAGAUUGACCUGCAGGCGCAGUGCAACAGGAAAUCUGCUUUAGAAAACAUGUUAUCGGAGACCCAGUCUCGGUACUCCUGCCAGCUCCAGGACAUGCAACAGAUCAUCUCCCACUAUGAGGAGGAAUUGAAGCAGCUACGCCAUGACCUGGAGCAUCAGAACAACGAAUACGAGGUCCUCCUGGGCAUCAAAACCCACCUAGAGAAGGAAAUCGCCACCUACCGCCAGCUCCUGGAGGGAGAGAGUGAAGGGACAAUGGAGGAAUCUAAGUCAAGUGUGAAAGCGUCUGCAGCUCCAAAGAUCAAGGCCAUCACCCAGGAGAGCAUCAACGGAAGAGUAAUUCUUUCGCAAGUGAAUGAGAUCCAAAAGUAUUCAUGAAACCAAUAAAAGUUUUUGCCUGUUGUAAAAACUAUUUUUCCCCAAUGGAAAGUCCUUGCCCAGACACAAAUGAGUGAGUCCUAAGAGGUAUUCCCGGAGUUAUCAAACUCAAACUUUUAUUUUUUUCUCUGUAACAAUCUCAUCAGAUGUUCCAUAAUGAUCUUGAUAUACUGCUGCACUUUUUGAAUCAAAGUAGGAGUUGAUGAGCUUAAAGCUCUACUUCCCUACUGCAGUCUUCAGAUUCCCAUCACCGUGUAUCUGUUUUGUAGCCAAUAAAACUCUACACCACCUGCA